AUGAGAACUCACCAGCUUCGCUCUUUGUGCCCGGCGUCUGCCGGCAGUUCCCCUUUUUUGGCAUUUGGUUGGCCCCAACGCACUGCUAUUAUUUAUUUUUUCUUGCUUCUUGAUGAGUGUGAUGAUUUACAUUUCCGCAGGUCUCCAUGCGAGCUCACCGCAACGCAUUCACACAGAUUAUCGACAUGCUCUCCUAGCAGGGGUCGGGCGUACGGUCGUCAGGCGUCCCGCCCCUCAGGCCUGUGGUUUGCGUUAAGCCCCACCCUCAGCCCACACUGCCAAAUAGAAUGGCGCCGACCGUUGUGA